AUGGAAAACGUCAAGGAGGGCGAUCCGAGAAAAGAAUACGCUCAUUGGAAGAGCAUAAAGCAGACGGUGGACAAGGAAGAAGGCCACCCGGUGGCUUUCUCCUCCGAUUCCAGGCUGCCCACCCCGCGCCCCCAACCCCAGCCCUGCGAGCCACGGCGCCCGCGCGCCUUCCCCGCCACCCCGGGAGAGUGGAGGGUGCCAUCCAGUUUCCAGUUCCCAGCUGCGGAUCCCGGCCUCCCCGCUGUACCCACCGAGAGGUCAUGGAGCCUGGGGAGCGACUACAGGUUAUCCUUCCGAGGCCGGCGGGGAAUGGCGUCACCCCAACAGCGGAGGUGCGGAGGCGAACGGAGGCGGCGGUUCAGCCCCGGCAGCUGCAGCCGCCACGAACCCGCCCGGACCCCUGGCCCGCCCCUCUGCAGCGCCCGCGGGAGGCGGGAUUAUAGCGACACAGCCUUAGAUGAAGGGUCGGACUCAGAGCUCGGUUCCCUGGCGAAAGAAACAAUCCUUAUUGAAUGUGCCUGA